UGCAGGGAGGUCCUGCUUAAAAGCCAAGUAAAAUUCAUCUCAGACACUGUCAAACGUUAAAACAAAUCUGAAAUACUACAAAACUUGGUAAUAACGAGCAGGCCGAGCAUAUAUACUACAAUGGAAGAAGCAAGGUGAGAUAUAUUUAUAAAUGCUGCAAAUGGGGAUAAAAUCGGGGGAGCGACUAGGGUGAAGUCUUGGCUGACCUCCACGUAUCAGUUGACAUGGAGAAAAUGGUGGUUCAAAUUGUUACAGAGGAGAACAUUUUACCAGCUGCUUCAACACCGAUCUCCUCGAAAGAAUUUAAACUUUCGGUUCUUGAUCAAACUCAAGUUAAGAUUUAUCUUCCACUGACGUUGUUUUAUCAUAACAACAACACUAGCAAUCUCAGUUCUGUCAUUUCAGAUAACUCAAAACUUCUGAAGCAGUCAUUGUCAGAAACCUUAACUCGAUUUUACCCUUUUGCUGGAAAGGUUCGAGAUGAUUUUUACAUUGAUUGUAAUGAUGAAGGAGUUCAUUACAUCGAGACACGAGUAAGUGUCAGUCUCUUGAAAUUCCUCAGUAAAUCUCCAGGAGAUGAAAUGAUCAGAAGUUUAAUUCCAGCCAAGGCCAGAGAAUCACCUUUAGGAAAUUAUGUUCUGAUAAUUCAAGUGAACAUUUUUAGUUGUGGUGGAAUUGCGCUAUGUACCUGCAUUUCUCACAAAAUUGUGGAUGGAACCACAUACACAUUGUUUAUGAAAGACUGGACAGCUGCAGCCAGGGGAUCUUUUUCGGAAAUUGUACAUCCAAAUUUCACUGAUGCAUCAUUGUUUCCGCAAAUUCCUUCUCUAUUGUACAAAAGUCCUGCUGAUUUCAGCAGAAGUGACUUUCCAUCCCAGAGGUUCGUGUUUAGUGGUCCAAAGUUAGCAGCCUUAAAGGCCCAAACCAAGGUUUUAAGAUCAGAAUGUGAACCAUCUCGAUUUGAAGUUGUAGCAGCCUUGUUAUGGAAAUGUGUUGCUAAAGCUGCUUCCAGAUUAGAUGAAAUCUCUAUAGGGAAGCCUUUUAAUUUGGGGGUGAUCAUCAAUCUUCGCGGAAAGAACUGUGUACCAAAAAACUCUGUGGGAAAUCUUGUUUGGCCUGGUUUAGCACAAUGCAAGCUUUCCCCUCAGCUAGAACUGAUGGAAUUGGUCCAUCAAAUAAAGAAGUGCAAGGCGGAAAUCAAUGAUGAGUUUGUUGAGGCUAUAAAGGGAGACGAUGGAACUCCAACUUUUGUUGGAAUUGCAGAAAAGAUGACAUCUAAGGAAACAUCUUUCUCUCUUUGGAUCACUAGCAUGUGUAACAUGGGUCUCUAUGAACUUGAUUUCGGAUGGGGAAAACCGGCCUGGUUCUAUUUUUGCAAUUUAUAUUCCGAGAAUUUCAUCUCCUUAUGUGACACAGCAGUAGGUGAUGGAAUUGAAGCAAUAGUUUCCUUGAGCAAAGAAAAUAUGGUGGUUUUUGAGAAUGAUCCGGAGGUUCUUGCUUUCGCUUCAGUGAACCCUGCUCUAAUAUAGAGCUGUCUCUUAUACUUGUUUGCUCUGAACCAUCUAAUUCUCCCAAUUAUCAGGAAUUACAAAUGUCCAAAAUUAGCCUCGUUCCAUGAUUAGUAUUUGUUAUGAUUCUGUUGUAAUGUUUCUUUGUUUUCAAUCUUAUUACACAGUA